AUGGACAUUCCCCGCCCCAUUGAGCCGGAGGACAUACCCCCACUCCUAGCUCUCAACAACGAGCACGCGCAAGCACUGAGCUGGCAAGAACCCGCCCAAUUCGACGCCCUCCUGUCCACCGCAUUCCACACACGCACGAUUGGACCGCUUGGAGCCCCCGCAGCCCUGUUGGUAGCCUUCGACGAGACCGCAGCGUACGACAACCCCAACUUCCGGUGGCUCAAGGCCCACUUUUCAACUUUUGUGUACAUUGAUCGCGUUGUCGUUGCUGCGUCUGCGGGUGGGAGGGGAUACGCGCGCGCCUUGUAUGACGACCUUCGAGCUGCGUCCAAGACGAGAUUAGUGUGCGAGAUCAACGUCCAUCCUCCCAAUCCCGGGAGUGUGGCUUUCCAUACCAAGAUGGGAUUCAGGGAGGUGGGGCGGGCAGAGCUCGAUAAUGGCAAGACGGUCGCGUACUUUGAGUGUACGCUGUAG